UGCAAUUCUUGCUGCUCGUUCCGAAGUGUUCGAGAGGAUGAUUUUUACAGGAACAGAAGUUACUGGCAAGCAAAUUUCGUUUUCAGAAGUUGAAGCAUCAUCAAUGAAAAUUAUUCUUGAAUAUUUGUAUACAGGAACAGUUUUGGAGAGGGACAUUACGAUCGAUAAUGCUCUCGAAGUCUUGCAUACAGCAGAUUUCUUUCAAUUAGAAAACUUUCAAGACCUUUCAGAAUUAUACAAAAAGACGUGUGAGAAAAAAGAAUAUGGAAACAAAUCACCCGAAUUAUUAUCCAAGGCAGUUCAGUUAAUGUCCCCUUUAGCUAAUAAUAGUGUUGUUGACUAUUUAGUAGAUUCAGUUGCUAAGAUUCCUUUAGAUUCUAUUGAAAUUGGUAGAUUAUCACUUCAAGGUUUGCAAUGCUUAUUAUCAAAGAGGAAUGAAGCAAGAACAUCCACAUCUAGCGAAUAUUCUGUUUUGCGAUUUGCAAUUUUGUCGGCUGCGAAAGAAGUAUCAGAAGAAGCCUUUUCUAUUUUGAAUAAAAGAUUGCCACUAUGGAAAAAAGUAAAGGGGUCGCUUCAAGACAUUGAAAAUAAUUAUUUGACGGAGAACGAAAUUGGCACAUUAAUUGCCGAUGCUAUAAAUCCGGUUAUAGAUUAUGUUAAUUUUAGAAGAAUUGAUGGAAUGAUUCUUGCAAAAGUAAUUGAGCCAUUAGAUAUUAUUCCAAUCAAUAAAAUCACGGAUUCAUAUAGAUUUCAAGCCUGCAAAAAAUAUUUAUCGCAAGAAUAUUAUCGUACUCAAAUUUAUGAUUUUAAAUGGGAUAUAAACGGCCGUGGACCGAAUAUAAGUAUUAGUGAAGACGGCUACACAAUCAGCACUACUGAAAAUAUGGCUGCACAUCAAAGUGUAAGAACAAAUUAUCUCAUGAGUAAUGGAAUUUAUGAGUUUCAUGUUCUAUUCGAAAAAGUUUGUCUUAAUUCUUGGGUAGGUGUUUGCGAUGAAGACCUUGAUUUUUCUCAUUUUGCUGGAGAUCAACCAAAUGGAUGGAUUUUAGGUACGAAUGGGUGCUACUAUCAUAAUCGACAAUCUAUUCAAGGAAUGUCAGACUUCAGAAAGGAUAAUGCAAAAGUUAUU